AGCAUCUUUCCCUCCGAUCAAAAGUGCGGAGCUUCACGAAUGAGAGGCUUGUGCCCUCAAAGGUCAGCUAUAAGUCAGCUCCCUCUUGCGGUGCAGACGGGUUGAUCGACAAGAUGGCUGUCACUCCCCUCAUCCAAACAGACGAUGACCCUGCGGGUUACCGGCCACGGAGUUACCAAACGGAGAUGUUCGAGGCCAGUUUGAAAGGCAACAUCAUAGUAACAAUGGGCACUGGCAGCGGGAAAACGCAUAUAGCCCUGAUGCGAAUCAAGAGAGAGCUGGAAAGGAAUCCACACAAGUUGAUCUGGUUCUUGACCCCCACUGUUGCGCUGUGUCAGCAGCAGUAUCAAGCCAUUUCAGCGCAUAUCCCCGCAAUGAGAGCCAGGACCCUCACCGGGCUGGAUAAAGUGGAGCUGUGGACCGACCAGGCUGUCUGGGACGUGGUGCUCCAGGACGUUCAGGUGGUCUUCUCGACGCAUGCUGUGCUUGCGGAUGCCAUGAGCCAUGGGUUCGUGAAGAUCGGCCAACUGAGUUUGAUGAUCUUUGAUGAAGCCCAUCAUUGCAGGAACCGCCACCCGGCCAAUAAGAUAAUGCAGGAUUUCUACCAUCCCGCGGUCGCGAAGUAUGGCCAUAAUGUAGUUCCCAAGAUCCUGGGCCUGACGGCAAGUCCCAUAGUCAGGUCUAGCCAGAAGGAGCUUCAGAAGAUUGAGGCAAACUUGGAUGCGAUCUGCAAGGCACCGCGCGUGCAUCGGCACGAGCUUCGGAAGUUCACGCAUUGUCCCCAUCUGCAGCCCAUGUUUUAUACUCCCUUCGACCCUGCAGCAGAGCAGAUCGGAAGCAGGACCUUGCGAGCCCUUGCCAGUGCCUGGGGGGCUCUUGAUAUCGAGACGGACCCGUAUGUCAAGAAACUGCGGAGAGACCCCGUGGAUGGAAGGACACUGCAGCAAGUACGCCUGUCUGGCAAAACUAAUUGCCGAGAACAGCUGAGGAAGUUUGUGACUCGAAGUAUGCACAUCUUUGAGGAACUUGGAGAGUGGGCUGCUGAUUACUAUAUCACCGCGUCGUUCGAACAACUGAGAUCAAAGUCAAAGGAUGCUUACUCAGUGACGGGAUGGACAGAUGAGAAUAGGGCCUAUCUCAUCGAGUUUCUCUCGCAGCUCCCAGUCCCAAACGUCACAUUCACUUCGUCCAACCCGGAUGAUUAUCGAAUAUCGCGCAAGCUGAGUCUCUUAGUAGACUUCCUGCACGAAAGAGGGCAUCCAGACUUUGCAGGUUUGGUCUUUGCCAAGCAGCGUGUGACAGUGAGCGUGCUGGCGCAACUACUGUCCGUCUAUCCUCUGACAAGAGAUCGCUUUCGCUGCGCUGCCUAUGUUGGUUGGUCCAACGGUGGCAGUAAAGAUGUCCUUGGCGAGCUUCUGGACCCUCAAUUGCAGCGGGAAACGCUGAGUGAUUUCAGAAGUGGACAGACCAAUCUGAUAGUUGCCACCGACGUGCUUGAAGAAGGUAUUGAUAUCAGUGCGUGCAGCGUGGUGGUUUGCUAUGACAAGCCCCCUAACUUGAAAUCAUUUGUCCAGCGUCGCGGGCGUGCACGGCAUAAAGAGUCGACCUAUGCUAUCAUGUUUGCCACUGAUGAUGAAUCCGCUGGAACUGGCAAGUGGGAAACUUUGGAGCGAACUAUGAUCGAGGCUUAUGAGGAUGAUGAACGGAAACUGCUCGAGGCGUGCGCCCUUGAGGAGAUUGACGAAGAAGUCACGGAAAGGCUUGUCGUCGAGUCUACCGGUGCCGUGCUUACAGCAGACGGCGCUGUUGCACAUCUGACGCAUUUUUGUGAUAUCCUGCCUUAUCAGCCCUACGUCGACACUCGGGCCGAGUACUCUUUUGAAACCGACGAUGCGGGACUCCUAAAAGGAACAAUUAUCCUUCCAGUGUGUGUCCAUCCCAAAGUUCGUCGCACCGAGGGCAAGCGGUGGUGGAGAACUGAACGGGCCGCACGCAAAGAAGCAGCUUUUCAGGUGUACAAAACACUGUACGAGUUCGGACUUCUGAAUGAUAACCUUCUUCCGUUCACGGGCAAGGAAAACCUCAAGAAGACUAAUUUCACUGAUAUGCCGGCUCUUUUGGAGGUCUCUGAGCAAUAUGAUCCCUGGGUUGUUUGGGCAUAUUCAUGGUCCUCGCCUGACCUUCAUCAGACUCGAAUCGCCGUGGGACGCAAUGGUGAAGCCGCGCACAUGUACGUGAAGCUGACCACACCGACAGUGCUGCCAACACUUGAAAAGAUGACCUUGUUUUGGGACAGCGAGACGACCUACACGUUGGAGUUCGAGGCUCCUGCCAAGGCCGUAGGCGUGACACCUGCUGCCCUCGAGCAUAUGGGGUCGAUCACCUCGCUUUUCCUUCAAGCAACUAGCUCGAAACCUACAAUACCAGGCCAAGACUUUGUGAUGCUAUUUGGACCCGAUGUGCUACACACAGACCUGGAAAGCUGGUUCGUUCAAUAUCGAGGCUCAGAGUCUGCUCGUGAUGUCUAUGCCAGCAACAAUUACCCAGCUGUCAUGGGCGUUGUGAGAGAUCAAUGCGGUAAGCCAUGGCUCUUUCGAAGGUGGGUUAUGUCUCAAGAGGAUGACUUGGCUGUUGUCGAGGUCGAGUGUGAUUCUAUUCCUCGCCGGAAGAACCUCCUGCAUCGCAAUACGUUGGCUACUAAGAUGAAUGCCGAUAUGCCGAUCACCUCUUCCAAGGUGUGCGUCAUACCCGUUGACUCGUGCACUAUCGACAAGCUCUCAUUCACACAGAGCAUUUUUGGCCUGUUCGUUUCUGCUAUCAUUGCUAGAUUAGAAGCGAAGCUGCUUGCAAUGAGAUUGUGUCAGACCAUCUUGCAAGACAUUGCUUUCUCGAGCACUGACCAUGUCAUCACUGCUAUCACCGCACCCUCAGCCCAAUCGUUGACGAAUUACCAGCGGUAUGAAUUCUUUGGCGACUCGGUACUGAAGUUCACCGUGUCAUAUCAGCUUUUCUUCGAACAUCCAAACUGGCAUGAGGGUUACUUAUCAGAAGGACGGGACGCGAUUAUCAAAAACCAUCGCCUCGCUCGAGCUGCGCUUGAUGCCGGGCUGGACGCCUUCAUCAUCAACAAGGCGUUCACGCCGCGCAAGUGGAGUGCACCCCUUAUCUCGGAGAAACUGGCGUAUGCUGCUGGUCGGCGUACAAUGUCAAUGAAGGUGCUUGCUGAUGUCGUUGAGGCCCUUAUUGGUGCAGCCUACCUCGACGGAGGGUUUGAGAAGGCCCACGCCUGCAUCCGACGCUUUCUCCCGGAAAUCAACCUCAAGCAUCUAGGUACCCAAUCUGUGCCGCCCGCUGAACCACAUACCCAGCACACCGUCAACGACGCGAAGCUUAAAGAGCGCAUUGGCUACGCGUUCAAGGACCCUUCGCUCCUCGUCGAGGCCCUCACCCACCCCUCUUGCGGGCACGACGCUUCGACCCAAUCCUACCAACGCCUCGAAUUCCUCGGGGACGCCGUCCUGGAUAUGGUGAUCCUCACAAGCAUCCUCGCGCAUCCUGUAGCGAUCUCGCAGGGCGACAUGACCCGCAUCAAACAUGCCGUCGUAAACGCCAACCUCCUCGCCUUCCUCUGCAUGGAAUUUUCCUUGCGCCAAGCGCGUACCCACAUUGAAACCCACUCCGCAGACAACAUCACCCUUACCUUCACCGAGGAAACCUUGUCCCUGUGGCACUUCAUGCGCUACGGCGGCGGCACCGACCUCAAACACGCGCGUGACCAGGCGCUCGCCCGCCACCGCACCCUCCGCGACUCCAUCCGCGCGGCCCUGCAGCAUGACGCCCACUAUCCAUGGCAGGCGCUCUCCGAGCUCAACGCCGACAAGUUCUUCUCCGAUCUUGUCGAGAGCGUCCUUGGCGCCAUCUUCGUGGACUCCGGCGGCGACCUCGCUGAGUGCAUCGGCUUCGCAGAGCGGAUCGGCCUGCUCUGGUUUCUGCGUCGCGUGCUGGCUGACGGCGUGGACGUGAUGCAUCCCAAGGGCGUCGCGCAGCAGAUGGCUGCCACGGCUGGGCUCGGGGGUACGGUGUUCACAACGCAGCGAGUCGUCUCAGAUACUCCAGGGGGUGGCGAUAGCGAGGACGCUACAUAUCGGUGCCAGGUCGAGGUAGCUGGCGAGGUGGUUGCGGUGGUCGCGGUGGUCGAGGGGUGUGCCUGUGCUGAGGAAGCGGAGGUGAAGGCGGCCUAUCAGACGAUUGAGGUACUGAAGCGUAGGGGAUUGCAAUAGGUGGGAUGUUCUGCCGCCGAUAGAUCGGUGGUGGUCGGCCUGCUUGGAUCUAAAACAAUUUUUUGAAAUCUGUGUUUGCUUGGAAAUGCCAGACGGAGGGUUGAUCUAUCACUCGGCUCUGGCGAUCUAAAAUGAUUUGGUUCUACAUCACUUGGCUAUAUUGAUCGGUCAUAUAUGCCCACUCUAAAGAUUACUCACACGGGCUUGGUUUUGUUCUCAUUUGGGUUAUUGG